AAUGUGCUGUAGGAUGCUGCUUUGGGAAAAUGUUGGUUUGUAAUCAAAGCCAGCUUUUGUCAUGUCAAACUGAGGGGAGGGUUUAUUCUUCAUUACAAUUUUUUUCUUUUUAAGGAGAUCCGGUUCUCAGUAGUGCUGCAAUCAGCCUUCUAGACUUGACUUUAACACGUGUGGGACUUUGUGUUCAUCGCAUUUCAACUCUGGUUUCUCAGAAGGGGAAUUAAUAGCCGCUGCUGAAAGGAGAAGUGCUGCCACUGAAAAAUGGGUGUUUAUUCUCUAUAAAAUAUAGUCAAAGUAAUGCUUCGAGGUAUUUCAAAGCUGAGAAGCUUUUACUUCACUUUGGUCAAUAGAUUUGACUCAGCUCGACCGUGGUUGCAAUCAUCUGCAACGUGAUGGUGAAUAAAAUGCAUCUUCCAUGUAAGCAGAUGGUACUGGAAAUGAGCAUGUGUGCAACUUUCUAAACGAUAAUAAAAUCUUUGAAAAAGUAUGAAUUAAAAGUAAGCAAAAAGAAGAAGCUUUGUGGCUUCCUGGAAAACUCAAACCACACAACUAGCACUUUUUUUUUCUUCUGCGUUGGGGUUUCCCUUUUAAGAGGGAGGACGGCCUUUCUGGGGCUCAUUCUCUCUCGUCUGCAGGCAUCAAAGCAACACCAAACGCCGACAUGCUGUGCAACUUCAGUGGACCCGUGCUGAUCAGAGUGCUCCCACCGCUGCUGGUCACAGAGUUCGUUCUGGGUCUCGCUGGAAACGGCUUAGCCCUCUUCAUCUUCUGCUUCCACUUGAGGCCCUGGAAAAGCAGCACGGUGCUGCUCUUCAACCUGGCAGUGACUGACUUCAUGCUCAUCAUGGCUCUGCCCCUCCGAGCCAGCUACUACCUGUCGGGGAUCAGCUGGAUGUUCGGCGAGACGAUCUGCAACGUCUGCCUCUUCAUGCUGGCGAUGAACCGCAGCGGGAGCACCUUCUUCCUGAUGGCCAUCGCCGUGGACAGGUACAUGCGCGUGGUGCAUCCCCACCACCCCAUCAACUCGCUGAGCGUGGGCAAGGCCAUGUUGGGCGCUCUGGCGCUGUGGCUGGUCCCCAUUACAAUGACCGCCCACGUCUUCUCUCUGCAACACGUCAACACGACCUACUGCGAAAGCUUCAUGGUGGACACGACCUCCAGAGGAAACCUGUCCUGGCACAAGUUCACGUUUCUCUUCUCUUUCUACAUGCCUCUGCUGGUGAUCCUCUACUGCACCUUCCACAUCAUCAGUCACCUGAGGAGGAGACAGCUGACCAACCAGACCAAGUUCAAGAAGGCUCUGUACUUUAUCGUGGUGGUGGUGGUGCUCUUCAUUGUCUGCUUCCUCCCCAGCAACAUCACUCUGCUGACCAUGUGGAUCAAGAUGCUGCCAGGGUUCGUCUGCGAUGACGUGGAGCAGCUCACCACCGUGUUUUACAUCACCAUCAGUUUGACUUAUCUCAACAGCGUGCUGGACCCCGUGGUCUACUACUUCUCCAGCCCGGCCUUCAAGAACAUCUGCAGGAGAACGCUGCACCUGCCCCAGACAGAGACUUGCGAGAGCACGGAAAAGAGAACGCGCGAGACGGCGUCCCAUUCGCUCAGCCAGCUGUGAUCUGCAGACUCAAGGGUUAACAUCUGGUCAGAUUGAGCAAGAUGAUGCCGUUUUUACUUGCCUUUGUAGCUGUGGAAAAUGUGUUAUCUGUGCUUUUCUUGCACAAGCAUGCCUAUGUAUGACUAUGAAUGCAUUUUUUAUACAAUUUCUUUUGUUUUAUGUGAAAGUUUUGCACUUUUUGUUCACUUUUCUAGUGAACAUUGCUUUAAUGAUUGUUUUUUUUUCUUCUCAUGACCUUAUAUGGAAACAAAUGUCAAUGAACGGGUAAUGAAUACAAAUUAAGGAAAUCUGAUAUUUUUGUACAUAUGAAACUCAUCAAACUUGUUAACAUUUGCUGUCUAAAACCGAACAACUGUGACAACUUAAAGAACUACACUGAAUAAUUAGUACAUAUAUUCCUAGGGCAUUGCAUCAAAAGCUCUGGUUUAAUUAAAAUGGUGUUUCUUGGAGGGUUUUUGCAGCCAAAUACAGCUAUUUAUGUGUCAUCUUUAAGUUUGCCGAACAGCAGCUUAGUUUAAAUAAUUUUGUGGAUGGAUGACAGUAUGGAUUGUAAUUCAGAACUUAGCUUGUCUUGUACCAGUCAUGAAAUGUGCAAUAAAUAAAGCUUACUUGACAAUUUUUAAA